GGACAAAGCGAGAGAAACAAAGAGUUGAAUCACUCUUUCCCUCUUUCCAUCUCUUUCUUUCUUUCUCACUGCAUCUGUUUUUUUUUUUUUUUCGCCAUUAAAAUACUCUGAGGAAAGAUCUGAGACAGAGAGAGACCACAUGACGGAAGAGACGCUAUCAAGACCGAACCAGAGAGUGCUGGAAAUAGAAAGAACGGACGAGACUACUGAUGAUCAUCAUAAAAAUACUAAACCGAGCUUCAUCACAUGGCGAGCUUUCAAGCAAGAAUUGAAGAUCAUCGUUUAUAUCGCCGGACCUAUGAUUCCUGUUCUUUCUGCUCAAUUUAUUUUGCAGGUUGUUUCGCUCAUGAUGGUUGGUCACUUGGGUGAGCUUUAUCUCUCUAGCGCGACCUUAGCUCUCUCUCUCUCCAGCGUCACUGGUUUCAGCUUUCUGAUGGGAUUGGCAGGUGGACUAGAAACUGUGGGUGGACAAGCUUAUGGAGCUCAGCAAUAUCAGAAGCUUGGAACACUAACAUACACCGCCAUAUUCUCUCUCAUACUAGUUUCUCUCCCACUCUCUCUCAUUUGGAUCUACAUGGAAAAGAUCUUGGUCUUCAUAGGCCAAGAUCCUCUGAUCUCACAUGAAGCAGGCAAGUUCACAAUCUGGCUUAUUCCUUCACUUUUUGGAUUUGCAUUUCUACAACCUCUGGUUAGGUAUUACCAAAUGCAAAGCCUGAUUCUUCCAAUGCUUGUGAGCUCUUGUGCUUCUCUUGUUCUUCAUGUGCCUCUUUGUUGGGUUCUGGUGUUCAAGUCUGGGCUUCACAAUGUUGGUGCUGCAUUGGCCCUUGGUAUUUCAGUUUGGGAAAAUGUGAUCAUUCUUUGGUUAUAUAUGAGAUUUUCUUCUACUUGUGCUAAGACCAGAGCUCCUAUUUCUAUGGAGCUUUUUAAAGCUAUGAGGGAGUUUUUUAGGUUUGCUAUCCCUUCUGCAAUCAUGAUAUGCUUAGAGUGGUGGUCAUUUGAGGUGAUGAUUUUGCUGUCUGGACUAUUACCAAAUCCACAACUUGAAACUUCAGUUCUAUCUAUAUGUCUCAACACUAUUUCAACACUCUAUUGUAUUCCCUAUGGAAUUGGCGCAGCAGCAAGCACUAGGAUUUCAAAUGAAUUAGGAGCUGGGAAUCCAGAUGCUGCACGAGUAUCUACAGUAGUUACAGUGUCUAUUGCAGUGUUGGAGACAAUAUUUGCAAGCACAACACUUUUUGCAUGUCGCCAUGUUUAUGGUUACACUUUCAGCAAUGAGAAGGAGGUUGUUGACUAUGUCACUUUCAUGGUUCCUCUACUUUGUCUCUCUGUUAUCUUCGAUAGCAUACAAGGUGUUCUCUCAGGGAUUGCUAGAGGUUGUGGAUGGCAGCACAUAGGGGCUUACAUCAACUUAGGAGCUUUUUAUUUAUGUGGGAUUCCAAUGGCUGCUGCAUUGAGUUUUUGGGCAAAAUUGCGAGGAAAAGGCCUUUGGAUUGGCCUUCAAUUUGGCUCUUUUGUGCAAACUAUUCUACUUUCCAUCAUAACAUGCCGUAUAAAUUGGGAACAACAGGAAAAUGGAUGGUUGAAUUCCACUUAUAAUAUCAAGGAGACAUAGGCUUCGUUCUAUGUGAAAGAUGCAAGCAUGCUAGAUAUGAUGAACACACAAGUAGUAAAAGUGUGAUUGUUAAUGUGAUGAGAUGUACGAAACCAAAAUUGGAGAUCAAUCGAUUCUUUAAAAGGUUUGAUAAAGUUGUAACAAAGAAGUAAUACAAGAAAGUGGAACUUGAGUAUGAAUCUCGACAGAAGAUUCCUAAGAUGGUCAAUCAAAGUGCACCUAUCCUACACCAACUUGAACAAGUGUAUACCCCUACUAUCUUUAGGAUGUUCCAAGAAUAAUGGGAUCUCCAAUUCUUAGUGGAGUUAUCUACUUGUGAUAAUAAAGAUUCAUUACUCCUAUAUACUACCUAUAUGAUUGAUGAAAAAGGGGAAUGGAGAGUUUAGUUCAAACCUGACACAUGAAAUUUCUUGCCCUUGUAAAAAAUUUGAGAAUAUAGGGAUAUUAU